AUGUCAGACGGAAGAUUAGAGAAAAUGGAUAAGGAUUUCAGUCCUCAAGUCGAUGCCCUGUUACCUGAAACUGAGGGCUUGGCCAAGCAAGGAAAGUUGAAUGAGGCCUUGGAAAAGUUAUUGUCUCUUGAAAAGCAAGCUAGAAAUGCUGCUGAUCAAGCAUCCACAGGCCGUAUCCUUGUCCAGGUUGUCACUUUAUGCUACCAAGCCAAGGAUUGGAAGCUCUUGAACGAGCAAAUUGUCUUGUUGUCCAAGAAGCAUGGUCAACUCAAGGCUGCUACCUCAAAGAUGAUCCAAGAAGCAAUGACAUACCUCGACUCAACACCCGAUAUGGAUACAAAGCUUGAACUGAUCGAUACACUUCGUACUGUCACUGAUGGCAAGAUUUAUGUUGAAGUUGAACGUGCACGUAUCACCCGUCUGUUAGCAAAGAUCCGUGAAGACGAAGGAAAGACAACUGAAGCUGCCGAUAUCCUUCAAGAGCUUCAAGUAGAAACAUUCGGCUCAAUGGACAAACGUGAAAAAGUUGAUUUCAUUUUGGAGCAAAUGAGACUCUGCUUGGCCAAGUCUGAUUACAUUAGAACUCAAAUCAUCUCCAAGAAGAUCAACACCAAGUUCUUCCAAGACAAAGAGAACGAAGACCUCAAGCUUAGAUUCUAUGAUUUGAUGAUUCAACACGCUUUGCACGAGGACCAAUACUUGAACGUUCACAAAUUCUACAAGCAAAUCUACGACUCAGAAUCCAUCCAAGAGGAUGAAGCCAAAUGGAAGGAGGCACUUCAAAAUGCAGUUUUAUUCGUUGUAUUGGCACCCUACGACAAUGAACAAUCCGAUUUACUCAACAGAAUCUACCGAGAUGUCAAAUUAGCACAAAUCCCUCAAUACCAAGAAAUCGCCAAAUGCUUUGUCACCAGUGAAUUGAUGCGUUGGUCUGAAAUCGAGUCAACUUAUGGCCAAUUAUUGAAUCAAUCAGCGGCAUUCAGCAGCGCUACUGAGGAUGGACAAAAGAGACUAAAGGAGCUUCACAAUCGUGUGGUCGAGCACAACAUCCGUGUCAUUGCCAAAUACUACACUCGCGUAUCCACAAAGAGAUUGACUCAAUUACUUGAUCUGAACGAAAAGGACGCUGAAGAGUUUUUGUCCAAACUAGUUGUAUCCAAGACAAUUUAUGCUCGUAUUGAUCGUUCUGCUGGUGUCGUUAAUUUCCAAACCAAGAAGGAUGCCAACGAGAUUUUGAACAACUGGUCCAAUGACAUUAACUCUUUAUUGAACUUGAUUGAAAAGACAUGUCAUUUAAUUUCAAAGGAGGAAAUGGUUCAUAGCAUAGCCAAGGUCAAAUAA